GUUCAGAAUUGGAAAAAGUGGGGUUAUUGCUCGUAAAUGUGUAUCUAAUAUAUUUUAUCAUAUACAACUAUUCACUGAAAUCAAAGAAUUUUGUGGUCGGCUCAUCCUACUUUAGAUGUGAAGGUGUUGUCCAGCAGUGGGCAUGAGUGACAGUCAUCCUCUGCGGUCGAUGAGCUCUACGGCUGAGAUCGAUCACCUCCACCUCCUCUCAGAGCAGCUUGGUGCCUUAGUUCCUGGUGAAGAAUACAGUGAUGUCACCUUCCUGGUGGAGGAGAAGUGCUUUCCUGCACACAGAGUCAUUCUAGCGGCCCGCUGCCAGUAUUUCAGGGCUUUGCUAUAUGGAGGACUGAGGGAGUCACGGGCCCAGGCUGAGGUCCGAUUGGAGGAAACACGUGCCGAGGCUUUUUCAAUGUUGUUGCAGUACCUGUACACGGGCCGAGCCACACUGAGUGAAGCCAGAGAGGAGACUUUGCUGGAUUUUCUGGGGCUGGCACAUCGCUAUGAUCUCCAACCACUAGAAGGCUCCAUUUGCGAGUUCCUCCGCACUUUAUUGAACACACGGAACGUGUGUCUGGUGUUUGAUAUGGCUAGUCUGUACUGUCUGAGCGGGCUUGCCGAGGCAUGCUGUGCCUACAUGGACCGGCACGCCACUGAAGUUUUAAAGUCGGAUGGCUUUCUCACCCUUUCAAAGUCUGCCCUCUUGACAGUUGUGAGCAGAGAUUCAUUUGCUGCUAGUGAGAGGGAGAUCUUUCUGGCUCUCAGUCGCUGGUGUCAUCACUAUGGCGAGGGCCUGAACUCAAAGAACGUGAUGUCAGCAGUGCGACUGCCUCUAAUGACCCUCUCUGAAAUGCUGAACGUGGUUCGUCCCUCGGGCCUUCUCAGCCCAGAUGACCUGCUAGAUGCCAUACAGACCCGCUCGGAGAGCAGAGACAUGGACCUCAACUACCGCGGCAUGCUCAUCCCAGAGGAGAACAUUGCCACUAUGAAGCACGGCGCUGUGGUGAUGAAAGGUGAACUGAAGUCUGCUCUCCUGGAUGGAGACACACAGAAUUAUGAUCUGGACCAUGGUUUCACCAGACACCCUAUAGAAGAUGAGGGGCGAACCUCAGGCAUCCAGGUGCGCUUGGGUCAACCGUUUAUCAUCAACCACAUGCGUCUACUUCUGUGGGACAAGGACAGCAGGUCAUACUCUUAUUAUAUCGAAGUGUCUAUGGAUGAGCUGGACUGGGUACGAGUGGUGGAUCACUCAAAGUUUCUGUGUCGCUCCUGGCAACACCUUUAUUUCUCAGCACGAGUCUGCAGGUUUAUUCGUGUUGUGGGAACACAUAACACUGUAAACAAAGUUUUUCAUUUGGUGGCUUUAGAAUGCAUGUUCACACAGCGACCUUUCACCCUGGAGAAAGGCCUACUAGUCCCCACAGAGAAUGUGGCAACCGUGCAGGCGUGUGCUAGUGUAAUAGAGGGAGUAAGUCGCAGUAGGAAUGCCUUGCUGAACGGGGACACCAGCCACUAUGACUGGGACUCUGGAUACACCUGCCAUCAGCUGGGAUCUGGAGCCAUCGUCGUCCAGCUUGCUCAACCUUACGUGCUGGGUUCAAUGCGGUUGCUCCUGUGGGACUGUGAUGAUAGAAGCUAUAGCUAUUAUGUGGAGCUGUCCACAAAUCAGCAACACUGGGUGAGGGUCGUAGACCAUACUGAAGUGGCAUGCAGGUCCUGGCAGACUCUGGUUUUUGAUAGACAACCUGCAUCCUUCAUACGUAUCGUGGGAACUCAUAACACUGCAAACGAGGUGUUCCACUGUGUUCACUUUGAGUGUCCAGCACAGGUGGACAGAGUUGUCAAAGAAGGAAGUCCUGGUCCAGAUCAGCCCAAACCAGACUACAGUGCCCAGAACUCCCAUUCUCAAAGCCUGAUGUCCCAGAAACCCUCCACUUCAUCCUCCUCGCACACAUAGACUGUGGAUGUAGCCUAUUCUCACUGCUGCACACUUGCAUAAGUAUGACAAAACACAAAUGCUCAUCUCAUGGGCUUGUGUUUGUUCUGAAGGUUACAUGCUGCUAAAUAAAGAACUCUUUAUAUAUAAGAAAAUAUUUGAGCUGAUGGAUAUAACGUAAUGGUGAUAAUAACAAUGGCUCUGUUCCAAAAACUAGUAAGCUGCCUAUGUAGGCAGCAUUUUAAAGCAUCAUAGACACGCUCACAAUGCAAUUGUGAAGGUAGCUUCCUGUGUAGGCAAUAGACAGCUAGGCAGUUCACUGGGUUUUGGCACAGAGCCAUUGACUGUCAGUCAUACGCACUUAUUUUAUUAUGUUCAGAUAACUGCAAAACCAAAAAAUAAAUAAAAUGAAGUGU